CAAACUUUGUUUUCAUUAGUAGCGAAAGGAGUUGAUCGCUGGUUUGGUGUUACAUGCUCGUUGUUAGUGUUUUUUUUAGCUGUGCUUGUUCCAUUGAACAUUAAUUUUAUCUGUCAUAAUUUAACGUACAUAAUAAUGUCAGAAGAAAGGGAUGCAAAUAUUCAAGAGUUUAAACUAGAACCUGACUGCGAAUUGAGAUUUGAAGUGGAAAGUAAAAAUGAAAAAGUAAUAUUGGAACUAAAGAGCGGAAUGGCAGAGGUGUUUGGAACUGAACUUGUGAAGGGAAAAGGUUAUGUAUUCACAACAGGUGCGAAGGUAGCUGUGUUUACAUGGCAAGGGUGUGUUAUUGAAUUGAGAGGGAAAACGGACGUUAGUUAUGUUGCGAAGGAAACACCCGUGGUUAUGUAUCUCAAUGCACAUGCAGCAUUGGAGCAGCUAAGAAAGAAAGCUGAAACAGAAAACAGCAGAGGUCCAGUAACAAUGAUUGUAGGUCCAAUGGAUGUUGGUAAAUCAACAUUAUGUAGGUUGCUUCUAAACUAUGCUGUUCGAAUGGGACGCAGGCCAAUACUUGUUGAUCUGGAUGUUGGGCAAGGCCAGAUAUCUGUCCCAGGCACAAUUGGUGCACUAUUAGUAGAGAGACCUGCUGCUGUUGAGGAAGGUUUCUCUCAGCAAGCUCCACUAGUUUACCACUAUGGACACAAGUCACCAAGUACCAAUCUUGCCCUUUACAACAUGUUAGUGUCACGACUAGCUGAAGUAAUUUCAGAAAGAAUGCAGGCUAACAGGAAAGCAAAUGCUUCUGGUGUGAUCAUCAAUACCUGUGGAUGGGUGAAGGGUGAUGGAUAUAAACAAUUGACCCAUGUUGCUCAAGCUUUUGAGGUGGACAUCAUUCUAGUCCUGGAUCAGGAACGGCUGUACAAUGAACUUGUGCGUGACAUGCCAACCUUUGUGAAGGUUGUUUUCCUACCAAAGAAUGGAGGUGUUGUUGAACGCAGUCAGAGUGCACGAGCAGAAGCAAGAGAUGCCAGAGUACGUGAAUAUUUCUAUGGUUUGCGUACACCAUUAUAUCCUCAUUCAUUUGAUGUCCGCUUCUCUGAUGCUAAGAUCUACAAGAUUGGUGCUCCAGCGUUGCCAGACUCCUGUAUGCCUCUUGGAAUGAAGGCAGAAGAUAACCUCACCAAACUGGUAGCCGUGACACCAGGACCAAAUCUGCUGCAUCAUCUAUUAGCUGUAAGUUUUGCUGCCUCAGUAGAAGAAGAUGUGAUUCAAAGUAAUGUUGCUGGCUUUGUUUGUGUUACAAAUGUGGAUAUGGAACGACAAAGCAUGACUGUACUUUCACCUCAGCCACGCCCACUGCCAAAAACUCUUCUUCUUCUAUCAGACAUUCAGUUCAUGGAUAGCCACUGAUGAUAAAGGGCAGGGUAGCAUGGAUGAUGUAUUAUGAGUCAACAACCCGAGUGCCCAGACGAGUUCUUGCUUCAGCAAAUACUGGUGGAACUUCAGAAAAUGAUUCUCCAAGCACUGACACAUGGAAGUUAAGUCCAGCAUCCAUCAGCAUCAGCAACACUCGAAAGAAUGUUUCAGGAUCUUUAUCAUGCUCCCUGCCAGAUGAAGAGAAAUUACUAGUUCAGUAAAAGAAGAAUUUAUGUCUUGCCCUUGUUUCAUGUCGAAAUUCCUGGAUUUAAACUUCUGUGCUGAGAUUGUGAAUUGCUGAUCCUUCACCUUACCAUGAGAGGUGUAGUUCAGCCAGUAUGGCAUCUUGGUGAUUUUUUAUGUUUUUUAAACAUCUAAAUAUAUCUUUGGAAGUUGGAUUUCCAAUUUAAUGUCUUAAGAUUAUUUAGUAUUACUGGAUUUCUGGAAUUUGUAUUUUGGUAUUCCUAAAAUAAACACUGUAUUCUGCUGUAUGCCAUGUUCUUAAGAAUACUGGAUAAUGGAGAAAAUCCACAAAUCCAGUAAUACUAAUUGUAAUACCAUCAUAAGGAACCUUUAAAAUUGACUUAAUACUAGAACAUAGCUGGUUUUUGUUCUUAAAUUCUGAGCAUGUGCAUCUAGCAAAGUAACUGUCUACAUUCAUGGAGGGUGAAAGAGGCAUAGUUAUUGGUGGAGAUAUACCAUUUUUACUAAUAGGAUGAUUAUUAACUUGAGGAGAGGUUGGAGGAAACUGCAGAGAAUCUCAGCUAGGAUAGCCAGUCUCUGAGCCAAAAUCUGAGCACGGGACAAGCCAAAUACAAAGCAGGAGUGCUAACUGUUUGGCCACAAUGUCAAACAGACAUUUCACCAGUUCACGCCAUAGAGGAAUGAUAUGAGGAGGAUGCUCAUCAUAUUUAGCUGUCAGGUACACAAGUUCAUGACAGCAAGUGCUUCACUGAACUUGGAGGAUCCAGUUGACCAGUGUACGAUUCUUAGAUAAGGAAUUAGCAGAUGAGUAACAUCGUGUCUUGUAAUUUUGGUAUGUUCAUGGUCAUAGUUAUUAAGCUAUAUUUAACUGAUCAAACUCUGUGAAGCAUUGACAAAAAAAAAUGUUUAAUAAUACUGAAAAUGUACUUGACUGUCCUUUAAGCAGAUAUUUGCCAGAUCUUACUUUGUAACUUUAUUACCACUUACCACCUAUGUGGCCACACUAAGUGAAGCACUCUGUUGUUUGUAUCUACUGAAGUUUCCAAUGAAGAGAACUUUAUAGGAAAGUACAGAACUCUACAUUUUGGAGCAAUCUGCUGUUUCAGGUCCUUGGGAUGAAAAUCUGGUUGCAGCUUCAUGAAUUUGCUUAUGGAGUCCAAGAAUGAAUCUUGAUUGUACUUAGAAUUGAACAAUAUAACAUCAGCCACAAGACUGAAAAUUAAAUUACAGUCAAUUGAAUGUAAUUGCAAAUGAAAUAAAAACUAUGCACACUACAGUCUUAAAUGUACUCUUAUAUUAUUAUCAGGGGUACCUCUAACUUCAGCUCAUUAAUACUACUGAACCUGCUAAUUUCAUAUGAACAUUUAAUGUAAGACUGGGCUGUAAUGCAGUGAUAUCUUAGAAAAUAUGUAACCUUUCUUAAAAGUGUGGGCAAGAUGAAGGAAAGUGGGGCAUAAAAGAUAUCUCAAGACUUUUCAUCUGUCAGUCCAAUCCUUGGUAGAAUCAAAGCCAAUAGUCUAGAAAAAAUAAAAUUGUAUGUGUGCAACAUGUAACCUAUUUCUGGUAUGCAUAAGAGAAUAAAAGAUAAACUCAGUGCACAAAUGUUCUCAUAACUGUUGCACAUUAUAAAAGGUACUUUCAUAGAAUGCCAUGUACAAAUAUGCUGCAUGUAGAGGUGCACAAAAUUAACUAUGUGUUCUAUCAGAAUCUUUAUACUUUCAGUGUACUACAAAUGGCCAGUAAAAUGAUGUUGAAUGAUA